AAUACCCAGUUUUGCAACGGCUGCUGUCCUCAUCCGUGGGGAGCUCAUACAGCCAUGGAGCCGAGCCGUCUGUCGUGCAUAUCGUUAAUGUUCCUUACUUUAGCAGUACUUGUCAAGGCACAGGAAGUGUUGGUGACAGUCGAGCAGGGCAAUCUACGAGGUACCACAGCCACGAGCGUCUACAACACCUCCUACACUGCGUUUCUGGGCAUCCCGUACGCCACUCCGCCGCUAGGGAGACUGCGGUUCCAGGCUCCACAGCCGGCUGAAAACUGGGAAGGAGUGCGUAAUGCCACCCAGUAUGGCAGUGACUGUAUCCAACCUGACGGCAGCGGCUCCGAGGACUGCCUCUACCUGAACGUGUACGUACCUGGUGUUCCGGAGGAGGGCGCGCAGCUGCCUGUCAUGUUCUGGGUGUACGGCGGUGGGUUCAGAGGUGGCAGUGGUUCUGACGAGGAAUACGGCCCAGACUUCCUCGUCUCCUACGGUGUCAUACUCGUCACUAUUAAUUAUCGCCUAGGACAGCUUGGUUUCCUGAGCACGGGAGACGCUGUCGCCCCUGGCAACGCGGGCCUCAAGGACCAGAGGCUGGCGCUGACCUGGGUACAGAGAAACAUCGCCAGCUUUGGCGGCGACCCACAGCAGAUCACGAUAUUCGGACACAGUGCCGGUGGGAUGUCUAUCUCUCUGCACUUCGUCUCACCGAUGUCCGCAGGUCUGUUCUCACGAGCCAUCAUUCAGAGUGGGAACUUCAUCACCGUACGUCCGCGCACAAUUGAAGAAGCUCGGACUCAUACUCUUAGACUAGGGGCCGCACUCGGCUACGCAACGAAUGAUUCGCAACAUCUGCUCGACUUCCUACAAUCUGUGAACUCUACUGAUCUUCUGGUAGACGAUUCACUCAUCCAGACAGAUGAGGAGAAGAAACACAUUAUAAGCGUUCUCUGGGCGCCAAACAUCGAGCCCGACAUGGAGGGUGCUUUCCUCUCUGACUCCCCUAUCCAGAUGCUCAUCGACGGCCGUUUCAGCAAAGUGCCCGUCAUGACAGGCACUACUUCUGCGGAGUCCGGAUCUGGCGUACUUGAGAACUCGGAGCUCAUCGCCAAUCUAAACGAAGACUUUGCAGGCGUGGUGGGUCCCAGUCUGCACCUGCCUACUGUGGAACAGCAGACAGAAGCCGCCUACGAGUUGAAGGGCUUUUACUUCGGAAACAACAAUAUUUCAGCCGAUAAUCCUGACCCUCUGGUCUAUUUCAACGAAGACCUCUCCUUUUGCGACCCCAAUGAUGCCUUCAUUAGAAAAGUCGUCGAGGUCUCCAACCUGACAGUCUAUUAUUAUGUAGUGGACUACAGAGGAGACAUCAUGCUCACUAACCCAUAUGGAGUUUCACACGGAGCAGAGUUAACUCUUCUUUUCAUGAGAAAAGAUAAAGACUAUAACUUUGAUCCUGAAUCAGAAGAAGACAAAGUGCGUAGGAAUACACUGCGUGUUUGGACGAACUUUGCAAAAUAUGGGAACCCCACCCCUGAGGCGGACCCUGUGGUGUGGGAGCCGUACGACCUGAGCAGCCGCAGCUACCUGCUGAUGCAGGCCAACUUCUCGCUCGCACACGACAGGCUUGGCGAGCGCAUGGACUUCUGGCGUGAGAACGUGCCACUGCUGCCGUUUCCCGACACCUUGUGA